AAAUCCACGGAUGGCGCCCGAUACGUGAUAUUGGAUCCUUCAGGUCGCAAAGAGAGAGGAAGAGAAGAAAGAUGAACAAACGACAGAAGUGUGUACCUGCUGCCCAAGCGGAGAUCUGAGGAUUGACUAUCCGCGAUCACCAAGACACAAGGGUGAAUGGGCGUGGUUCAAGUGCAAGGCAAGGAUAUUACAAUACGCGAGAAAUGAUUGGCUGUUUGGCCUUCUGAGGGGUCACGACUCUGUCGUCUGCUUUUUUGCUUCCGGUCCUGCAUGCAGCACCUGUCCCGAGCGUCAAACGCCCGAAUGGUAGAUGACAGUGAUUUACUGGCCAGGUUUUUAAAACAGAUAGCAAAAGAGACAGUAGAAACACGCCUGGCAGAGCAAAUACAGCCGCCACCCCCAUAAACGCCGGCUGACUGUAGCCCUCGCUCGAUCCUUCAAUCAAGGUAACCUGUUCACCAACAGCACGCAUCGGCGACAUGACACAGUGAAGUACACGGCGCAUAAAAGUAGGACGCCAGCGCACCAGUGUCGAGGGCACAUUUUAUUGUCGAGGACUUGAAAAGAACAGUGUGAGAGCCGUGCUUGGGAGGCUAUGUAUGGUUUUACACGGACACAACAGUUUGGCCAUGUGCUAACUCGGCCGCAGAACGAAGGUUAACAGGAAGAGAGGUCGUAAACAUCGUCUGGGGGUUAUUCAAAAUACAUGAAGUAAGUGAAUCAUAGCUGCCUCGAAGUUCACGGGGAAUCGAACGAACGUAGGAGGUCCGAACCCUUCCUCACACGACCAUCGAUCUCACGGUACUUUAUUUGUUAGGCGGUGUUGUCUCUGUCGAUCAACGAAUAAUAGGUGUUGUAGUUUCUGAAAAUUCGUGAGGAAAAGAACCCAUAUGGCUGUGGGUAGAUUACAUACGAGUACAAUAUCCUGCAACAUCGACAAGAUCCAGGCAUACCAUACAGUUUAAACGCAUCGUCUGGGAAAUCGCGGAGUCUUUAAAAUGUCACAACGAUACUCGAGCAGUUCCAGCGGCUACACCAAUGGCUAUGGCGCCAGCGGUCAGCGACCCAGCAGCUUCUGUUCUGGCUAUGGCUCAGGGUACUCCAGCCCAAUGUACAGCCCCACCUUCAAGUACGCCCAGAGCCCCUUGCACAGUCCCCCCGCCAGUCCCACCAGCACCGGCUACCACAGUGACCUGUCCAGUCCCAACCCCGGCACGCACGCCAUGCGCCUGUACGACGUCAACCCCGGACACCAUCACCACGACCAUGAACACGAGUAUGACCACAGCAUGGAGCUCCACCAGGCGCCCGACACCUUCCCGUGCGGCCACGCGCUGUGCCACAACUGCUUGCGUCGGCUCAUGAGGUCGACCGGAAGUGCCCUCGGCACGUGCUGCCCGGUGUGCCGCGAAGAGAUCAGCGGGGAGGAAGCCUCGCUGGCCGCCAUGGGCCUGUCGCGCGACGGCCAACAAGAGGGGCCCGUGUCGCUGCUGACCAACUUCGACGAGAUCGUCAAAAAGUUUAACGGCAUCACCCACAACCUGCGGCGCCUGAAGGACGAGAGCGUGCAGGUUCGCUCCAUGGGCAUGACCUACACCAACACCGUGUGCCACAUGUGCCGCGAGAGCCACCCGACCCUGCGCGUCAUCCAGGAGCAAAAUCAGCUUUCCGUCGUUCACGAAAGGCCGAACGCGUGGAGCAACUACUUCUACAGAUUGCAGCAGGGCAAAGUCGUCACCACCUUCUAUUCCAAAGUCAACUCUUCCACAAUCUGCGUACCCUGUACCUAUCGGGAGUUGCAGGAGAGCAAGGCCAUCCUACCGGCCGAGCUUCAGAAUCUCCCGGAAGUAGAUCCAUCCAAGAACCAGUCCCUGGUUUUGGCUGAAGUGGGGAAGAUCAUUGCCAAGAGCACUGCACUGAUGGUCCUGCGAGGCAAGAACGUCAUCGAGGUGGACCACAAAGUGCGCAUGCGCGAGCGUGCGGACCACUUCUGCUUUACGGAUACGGUGGAGCAGAUCAAGACCAGCGUCCAGCACCAGGAGGAGGACCUGCUGCGCAUGGCCACCAAGCAGGUGCGAGACACUGGGCGCGUGUACCACGUGCAAGAGCAUAACGAGAUCGACUUCGACCUGGACGAGACUGCGGUGUAAAGUGGCGAGAAUUUCCGGAGUCUGGCGAGAACCUGGGGUGUCGAGAGCUCAGCAGAGGAUAUACUGGUGUGGGAGUUAGCUGUGUUUGUGUACACUUACGUGGUGGUCUUGCGUUUUCUUUCCUGGUCAGAGAACCGGUUAACUUGCUUCCUGGUCAGAAGGGAAUUCAUCGUCUGCCACAAACUCCAGUUUCCUGAGAAAGAGAUACACGUACAAAUCCAGGUUCUGAAAGUGAAUCCUUCCUAAAGAACUACUGUAGUAAGGAUAUGCUCUUACAUUGGGAUGGCCGUCUGUGUUCCGAUUGUCUCAGGAAAGAAAGGUUGACUUUUUCCAGUGCCAUCGUUGCGAUAACCGUAACAUGAACGGCUGGAAGCUAAUAAUGUAAAAUUCUGGAUGGUCAUUUACAGUGCUUUUGCGGCUAGUGGGCACGUUUGUACAGAUUAUUUAUUACUUUUUGUCGAACUUUGCUAUCAGUGGUAGCCACGUGACCUUGUAAAAAUAUUAGCCGUGCCCUAGAGCAAUCUUAUGUACAUAAAAUGUAACUUGCAUAUAUAAUUUUAUCUCCCUACCUUUCUUCAACCUCAAGUGUGCUUUGAAAAGACGGUGAAGGUAGUGAGUGGAUAGGAGAUAUGAUGUGUUAUUCCUGUCUCAAGUGCGAACUCCGUGUUGGUGUAUGCGUCGAUACCCCCUUCUAGGGGAGGCAACUGUGUUGAGCUGCUAAUUACUGACGAUGGGAUGGUUGCCAAAGUGUAGCAAGUCUCCUGCUCUAAUUUCACUUCUAAUUACACAGUUCGUUGACACAUGUUGUGACCUGCUAUUUAGUGAGGGCCUUAUUUUCACUUAAUAUUAUGUAAUUCCUAAUCCCUUGUCUUAAAUGGUUUUUGUAGGUGGCUGGUUGGUUAGAAUGAAGAGUACACUGCCUACACCUCAAGGUGAUUUAAUUUGGGGUGAAAUAGUGAAGGGGAAGAGAAAGGGUUAGACAACCAGAAUGUUCGGAGAUGAUCAUUGCUCUAAAGCCAACACUUUAAACAGAUACCAUGUUUUGCUGAGUGUGCUUUCCUGAGAUGAAAUAUGUACCCACAAGCUUCAUUCAAAAGUGUAAUGAUGUAGCAAUCGGCUCCCUUCCCAGUCCUCCAGCCUGUCAGAGUUGAAUUUGUUUUUUUUUUUGAGGGGGGACGGUAGGUGGUAUGUAGUAUUAGUAAAAAGGGUUCGAUGUUUGUGGCUCAUUGACGACGGAAAGAUCCAGAUUGUGUCUGCAGUGGGUUUCAUAGCUUAGACAGGGAUAAGUGAGACAUAUUUUAAAGCAUGUUACAUUGUUUACAUUGAAACAGAAUGCCAUGCAAGAAGACUUCAAACUAUACAGCUUGUACGCAUUAGACACAUUCUCUUGAAUCUUGAAACAUAUUUUAAAAUAGCGGCAGUGCAUUCAUAUUGUACUUCUUGCUAGAAACCAGUUACUGAUACAUUAUAGACUUGUAUAUGUGUGUGUGUGUCGUGUUGACUGUUCCAAUUAUUAUUUUUUGUAUCUAAAAAUGACGAGGAAUCCAAAAGUCUUCAACCUAAGCUAUAAUCAUGGUCUGUGUUUAUAUGACUUCCAGCCAGCUAUUGUCAUCAGCAUCGGAUUUCUAUUUUUUUAGUGGUCAUUUGUUGAUAAGUCCAUUUUUGCUUUCUUAUGUUAUGUCAAAAUUGCAUUGGUUUUGUCUUUGUCCGAAAUCUUAAGAAGACCAGCAGAAGCUUAUAUCAGCUUUGAAAUCGUUGUGCCUUCAGAGGUUUUCAAGGGGUUGAGCAAGUCUUUCCUAACAGAACAUCGCUGCAGCUUAUCUGCCUGUUGAUCGAUGAAGAUCAAUAAGUUCCACUAUGGCGCGGAUAUAAAUAUGUAGGCGUGUAAAUAUUGUGACAGAGAUCCUUCGCUCCCUUUUUCUCCCUCUCAUUCCCUCUUCGUCUUCUUCUGUGAUAAAUGUUAGCAGAAACACAAUAUAACACAAGAAAAUCAAAUGUCAUCUCGUUCUCUUUAGUCGUAAUCAUUCCAUCGUCUCUCUUUUUCCACACACACACACGUGUGCACCCCACACACACACACACACACACAUACAAACACACUAACUGGCAGUACUUGGGAACUAUCUGAACUCUCUCUUAUCCAAAAAUCGAGCCAGACGUGACUUCCGGUGUUUUUUAUAACUGACCGAGUGCCAAGGCUUGACUCAGGAUCUUGCCCGACACGUGGCCUUUUAUUUGAAAGUCUUUCCCAAGUAAUGGUAUAUAAUAAUAUUUUUUUGUGACAAGGCAGAGGUGGAUGCAGGUUAAUCAGAGGAAUCUGUGUCGGCUGAUUAUAUUUUAGAGAAUAUUUUUAUCAUUAUUUUUGUUGUAAGAUUCAAUUGUUUUUCCCCCGGUCUAACAUGCGAAGGAACACAGUUAUAGCUAUUUUGGUAAUGUCUUUAUUUUAAAUCUGCAAGUGAAUUUCAAAGCUAUCUUCAGCGACUUCCAGACUUGACUGUGAUUUUAGCACUUUACAACUUAUCGUAAAAAAAUAAUAUAUAAAAUAAUAAAGUCCUCAAAACUCAAUGUCUCACAAAAUAGUUCUUAAACACCUCGGUAAGCCUUAGCAUUAUGCGAUGUAUUUAUUAGACCAGCUGCAAGCUGUGUUUCCACCUUUGUAGCCUUAAAAAACACUAAAGAAACUUUAUUACAAGAUUCACUCGAACUAAACUUUUUAUGCAAUUUGUGCAAGUACCUUUAUGAUGCAUCAGGCAUAUGCUUGGGAACCUGCACGAUUUUCUAAACUAUGCCUGAGUACACGCAGAAGUAAAUAAAUAUCGGAAAGUGUUCAUGACUAGUUGUGGCUGUACAACUAACUACAAGUUCAAGAUUCUUGCCUAUCUUUUUUGAAUAUAUAAACGCAAAAGUAGAACUCACACACUUCCUCUCACACAUACACAUAGAGGGACAGCUCUUGCUAAACAAUCCGUCUGUUCUUGUCUAGAAUGAUAUACCUAUGACAGAUUUUUCCAAGCUCUUCUAAUUAAACUCGCAGAAGUACCAAUCCUUUUCUAAGAGGUAACUAUCAGGCGUUACGGAGGAUACAUGAUGGUUCUUGUUUACAUCCGAAGAGAUCUGAGGCUUCAGCCUUUUCCUUGCGAGUGUUUGUCCUUGUGGAACAGUCUUCAACAGUCCUUUCUUACCUCUGUCGUCAGCAUUAUAAAAAACAGGUUUCCGUCUCACUUUUUAUUGCAUUUGAGUUUAUCUAGAGAAUGCUUUUUAAAAGUUUUAAUAAGGUGAUAUUGCAUCUCGAGUGCUGUUUCUCUGGAAACAACACUUAAACCAAUAUUUGUAUUUGCUUCUUUCUAAAUGAUGGGUACAAAAGGAUGGUAAAACCAUUUUUAUAUUGUUAAAGUACCUUUUUUCAACAUUUAAACUGAUAAUUGUAUAUUUUAAUGAAUGUAGUAAGACUGUGAUAGACUUAGUGGAGUCGGUUCUUUUAUGUACAAAAAUCUUUGUGUAAAUCACAUGACAAAAUGUUAAUGCAAAGACCUAACUGUAUUUUCCAUACUCUGCUUGAAUGUAUGCUAGUCUAUGUAUGCAGCUGGAUGACCUCCAGUUUCAACAUCCACACAAUACUGUGUAUGAGUAGGCGAGAAUGAAUGAAGCGUGUUGGGGUGGGGGUGGGGAUGGAAGGCGAGGACAUUGUGCUUGUAGAGUGUUGGGUUAAUAGCACUCUGGGUGUGAGCGAGCCAGACAAAUGAUCGGGGUACCUGUCGAGAUGUUUAUUAGCUUUAGUUGUCGCUGUCUCCAUUACAGAGAUCAAGAACUGUACCGUUCUUGUCCCGCUGAACAGGUGUCUAGUAAUAAUAACACCAAGUUUCAACGAUGUUGAUUUGAUGCAUACAUAGCUCAAAGCACUAAGUUUAAAACACUAAGACUUUCGUCUUAAUAUUUUUACACUAAAUGUGAUUAUGUUGAAGUAAUGUGAGAUACACUACUUAAAAUUGAUAAUUUUUUCCUCUCUGUUGUUAAUUUUUUUUACAGUUAUUUUGUCGUUUGUUAGAGAGGUAUGUUGUCCCGUAAUUACAGAAAACAUUAAAAUACAGUUGUACAAUGCAAAAGGGAUUUACAUUUGUUUGCCUGCAAAAAUAGGGGCGCUUCUACCUCUUCAAUAUUGGAUUAGUAUUAAAAAAUCUAUUUAUGGAACUACACGUUCUCGAUUUUCUUGAUUAGCAUAAUAUGUUUUAGAUAUUUGCUGACAUUAAACUGGGCUAAAGGUGCAUAAUUGAGUUUUUUGCCUGUAAAUGAAAUCAGAAAUAUUGAGUUGCACGAAAUAUUAAAUAAAGCGGCACUGUUUUCGCAAAUAGGAAAAUGUAUAUAAGAGAUACUUUCACUUUCCCUUUCACAUUUGGAAUGAGACGCCCACACAAAUUAAUGUGUACUAAUAAUGUGUACUUCCCUAAAAGAUCCCGACCUUUAAAUGUGCUCUUUAGUUGAAUUCUGUCAGGUCUCAGAUCAUGCAAAAGUCUGAAAAUUGAAGGUAGGAACUUCAAUUUUAGUAAAACCAAUGGUAAGAGCUCAACUGUUCGGAAUGUAUUAAAAUAUACAUCAAAAGCAAGAAAUGCUUAAGAGCUAGCGGGUAGGUGGGUAAGCCUGCUGAAGGUCGUUGCUAAAAAGUUCUUUAGUUUGUCACUUUUCUAUAUGUUAAUGACGGUUAAGGCACAGUUUGUCACUAACAGACUUUGUAACAAAUUUAUUCACAGACCACAACGUUGCGUAACGUUUGUAUUUGCACGGCCAUGACAGAUUCUGUGAUCAGACUGCAUGUACUAUUACACUUACUGUUUUUAAAAAGUCUAUCCUUGAGCACUGACUAUAUGUAUCCGCCUCUGUAACUAUUUUACUUCAUGAAGCAGUAGAUAAAAUCUCUCUUGAUUGGCUUCACAAUUACAUUUUUUGCACUUUGAAACCAACUGAAGAGUUUAUUAUUCAAUACGCCAUGAUUUUUUUUUUCUUUAUGGUCUAAAACUAAAGAUAACUCCAGCAAUAUUUACUUCUUAUUUUUUUUAUUAUUAUUGACCACAGAGCCCUGCAGUCUUACCUCUCUACUGAAGAAUUGUCCUGACGAUUUAAAAAAGAGUCAGACAUCUUAUUUAAUUUUAGGAGUAAAGAAACUGACCUGAUAAUAUAUGUAUUUCAUUUUCCGGUGACACGCCUAUGUUUGUUGAGUGUUAGGUUGUCCUCCGUGGGUGGACGUUCUCUAAAGUUCCCUGGCUACUGGCUGAAAUAAACAGAGUAGCAUGGCUCUUGCUUGUGCUAGUUCUCACGAUACCUUGCCCAUAUCCCUUCCACAGGCCUUUAUACUGGUAACAAUGUAACAAUGGUCUUCUUUAGUGCUGAAUAUGUUAAGCACACACAUUCACUGCGCAGAGUGAAAAAGAGUGAAUGAAAAAGAGAGAGUGGAGUGGGAGUGAGGAAGAAAAAGGGUGGAGAUGUUCUUGCCAAGGGUGUCGUGUCCACUAAAUUCAGUCCAUGACAUUUUUUAAUGAAACUGUGUUAAUUCGUUAGCACCUAUACCUAAGACAAGAAGACAGUAUACUGUAUGUGUGUGUGGAGGCAAUUGGACUGCCACCGUGCCAAGGGCACAGUGAUCUUGAUGCGAUUUUUAGUCUUUCAGAGGUUUCCCCUUUCCACUCUGUCAGUCACUACAUAAUUUCUGUGUGACUAUGUUUUUGCUCAUUAGAGCUUUUGUAUAUUUCAACGGAUCGAUGUGACCUAGCCCGAAAAAUAUGUUCAUUUGUGCAUAAUAAUCUUCGCAGCUCGAUCUGGUUUCUUUCUUUUGGCUGUGAAUGACUGCUUUCACUCCGUCUUAUCAGUGUGUAUACAAUCUGUGUGCUGUUAGCGAUUGAUCGCUCUUUAACUUCAGUGAAACUUAGUGUUUGGAAAUUUAAAAUAGAUUUGCUGUCCAGUACGACGGUUAACAUCCAAAUGAGUUCUUUGUACCAGCUGUUCUGCUGUUUAUAGCGUGAUAAACGUCUAAACAAUGUGUUGCUCCUUAUCAGUCAGCUGAGUACCACGAGUUCAGAUCGAUACGCGAUAUAAACGAGGCCAAUGCGCACUCAGCAAAGAAAACAAAGUGGAAGUCAUUGGGAAAAUAAAAAUAUACUGGUGGCAGAACAAAUGGAUCGCCUACCUACAUCGUGUCGACAAUAAUACAUUAUGUCAAAGCAUGGGUUCUGAAUACCACGUCUUCAAAAAUUGCGAAUGGGUUUGCCAGUGCUUCCGACUCGAGCCAUGAUGCAAUUUAUAUAUAAUAAUACUAGCAUUAGACAGAGCAACAGUUUCUUCUGCUCGGUAAUGAAUCCAGCAAUCAAGCCAGCAAUCAAGCCGUUCAGGAAGGCUAGGAUCGAUUGGCCCUCGCCCUGUGUGAGGUGUCGUCAUAGAGCUCUCUCGUCGAGUGUUAAAACCCCUUCUUGUUGUAGCUCUUUGGAAACGUUGACCAGCUGUAGAAACUAAGCAUGACUAAUAUGAAUUAUGUGCAUAUUUAGCUGAUUAAUCAACCUGAUUUGUGGCAGUUUUGUUUGUUCGCUUGCUCGUUUGCUUUGGAUUUUCUAAGUAGGGAUAUGGUGAUGAAGAGUAAAACUCCUUGGUAAGCGGUUGUGGAGAAAGGACGACCAUCAGACUCUCUCGCAACUUGCUCGCUGACAAACUCAGAUUCGCAGUCUUGUAAUAAACUAUAAUAAAUGUCAGUAUGAAAAACUUCAGAAGCUUAGAUUUUAGAAGUUCUUUUACAGUUGGCUGUAAUUUUUUCGACAGUUUCUUUCUGUAAUAGGAUUGUCUGGAAUCGAGUGCUGAAUAUAUUGUAAAGGGUUUUUUUUCUGGCUUUCAAAAUACUUGUGAGUAAUCCAAUCGAUAUGAAUGAAAACGGCUAAGAUUUUAUCAAAGUACUGUGGAUGAGUAAUUAACCAACCAAACAAACCGUUGGUGCGGUGUAAGGAUAGUGUAUCAGCCUAGGCGUAUCAUUUUUGUGAAUAAAUGGGUUUUUAAAUUAUAACUUAUUUUCACGUCUGCCUUACAAGAACUGCAAGCUAUAAUCUGACAAAAACACAAUGCAUUACUUUGUGUGUGUGAUGACGUCUGUGUGAUUUUGUGGAUCGGCAUCUUCUCCAAAGGAGUUCAGAACGAUGACUGCUGGAACUUUCCACCAUAUUCCCAAUGAAAAAAAAAAAAUCCCUGCGUCUGCUGCCUCUAAAGGACGAUCGAUGGCAAGAGUAGGAUGACCUCUUUAGGCUUGUCUGGAACCGGCUACAGACGUGCAGAUAUUUUGGCAAAGAAAAUGUUUCGUGAUAUUAAUUAUUUAUCCUGUCUGCAUUUUAUUUUGCUCUUUUUAUUUGUAAUUAAUAAAACACGUGUUGUGUACUGUGCUUGUUAUAUUUUUCGCUGGAUUUUCUUUCUAGCGCUUCUGCUACCGGUUAAAAGCGUUAAAGUUAAGCACGUUUGAAACGUACCCCUAUAUAUAUAUAUCUUGUAAAAUAUCUUAUAAGAAUCUCUCCCUCCCCUCCUCCCUUGCCGAAUAGGUGGACUAAAUUGUUUAAAUGCAUGCAUGAUGAUAAAACUGAAAAUAGAACACAAGAAUAUGUGUGUGAGAGAGAUUUUUCUCCAAUAUCCCCUUCUGAUGAAUAGCUUUAUGUCUAAAUAAUUAAAUUAUUGUUUAUAUAUUUUGACAUGGUGUUUCUCUGGACAAUAAAAUAUCUAGACGUUCAUGUUUUUUGCAUUUUAAGUUCAAAUUAACAUGAGACCCCCUUGCUGACUCUCAGACUGCAGGUGACAAAAAGUGGAUGCAGAAAAAAAAUGCCUUUACCUCAAAGUCUAUCACAUGCUUUAGGUGUGUGACCUACUGUGUUUCCCGAAGAACAAAGAGCAUACUUACAUGCAUAAACAAGCUUUCUGCUAGAUUAUGCAUGUCCCAGCAUUGACCCCAUGCACUCUCAUGCAACCACUAUCUACUUGCUGAGCGUGUGCCAACGCCUUCACAUUCAGCCAAACUGCAACAUGCAAGAAAGAAAUAAGAUGUCAAUGAAAAGUUUCUUGCAUGUGGUAAUGAAAUGCAUUGUGCCACUCUUUUCCUAUCCAAAGUUGUGAUAAUGAACAUAUCUAUCGCGGGUGCUAUUUCUCGUAUGUUUGUGUACGAUAACCAAUGUUUAGUGCACAUUUUGGGCUUCUUUGUUUCAUUAGAUCAGUGCCUGUUCCCAUGUGUACACCUUUAAUAGUGUACCUGCUUCUACGGGCUUUGGCAUAAACUCCGACAACACUUGUUGAUUCUUUUUUCUGUUGAAUAUACUUAUGGUUUUUUGUGAAAUAUAACAGCAUUGACUCAACUGUGUACGUUUUCAUGCAACUUUCAUAUUUAUUACAUGUACCGCGCUUAGUUAGGCGUCUUUGUGAGUCUUUGUGUGCAAUGCAUUAAAACCUUUGAGUGUUCUGUACAUUCUGUUGCUGCACACUGUAAUAAAGGACAAAAGGAAUGGUAAA